AUGGGUAAUCCGGCAUGGCCACUAGAAGCACCAUCAGCUCCUGCUCGAGAAAGAGAACUCAUCAACCACUGGGCGACGAACCUCGCACACAAAAUGAUACCCAUUCGCAGCCCAGCGAACCCAUUUCUGACGACUGUAUCGCCCAUGGCUCUCAAGGGAAGCCGCCUCGCCAAGACGAGAUCAACAUCAACCGUCGCUCUGUUUCACGCAGUCUGCGCCAUCUCCGCGGCCCACCAGGCGAACCUCAGAGGCACCGACGACGCCCAUGCCGGCUACGCAGAUCUGAUGCUCCGCCAUAAACAGCUGAGCUUCCGCCACCUUAUGCAAAAUAUGAGCUGCAGAGACCAUGACGAGCGGAUGGCGAGUCUGGCCACUCUCUGCCUAUGGAUUCUCACUCACUUUAUCACCGGCACCGCGGGCGCCUGGCGCGAGGUCAUAAAGGUGACCCGUGACCUCCUCGACGAUACGAGCAUGGAAACCUGGAGACAGUCGACUACCGCCGCCUUGACGUACGAGUCCUGCUCCUCCACCUUUGCCACGGUGCUUGCCCAGUACCUCGGACGAUUAGACGCUCCCGUCCCGAUGAAGACGUAUCUGCCAGAUGUCGAGCUAUCGAAGAGCCAAAUUAUGCCGGUCAGGUCUCUCGAGCUGGUCUGUUCCUUCAACGCAAAACUUGUGCAGUCCUCAAUCCUUGCAGGAGAGGACCUCGACCAACUAGAGAUCGAAUUCGCCUUGUCUACGCCUGAGCCUUCGGUAGAUUACGACGCCAACAACGUGGAGUCGGCCAUGGUGCACCACCACCGUUCGCUAUUCUACCACGCGUGCUUACUCUACUUCAAGGGCAACUCUGGGAGGCGAGGCCCCGAAGAGGACGUCCAAGAUCUGGUUGCUAGGUGUCUUGACCACAUGGAGCACCUCGAAUCCCUGCAGAAGAACAGCAGCCCCAAAGCGUGGGUCUACGCCACAGUGGCCUUCGAGGCCAGGACGCCGGAGCUACGGAAUAGGGCAAGAUUGCUAUUCUCUAGAAAACAGUCACUCGGGAUCGCUACCUGGGAUACGCUGCUUCUCGCGGUUGAAGAGGUGUGGAAACGCCGCGACCUGGCUGCCUCUGGUGUAUCACCGGAGCCUUGGACGCGUGUACUUUCACGGAUGCCAGAGUUUGAUGUGAUUCUCUAUUGA